AUGAAGAAGCUGGACCAGCAUGGACGAAGUCACCAGGAGAGUCUGGUGUGUGCGCUCCUGUCCAGUCUGGUGUUGGCUCUACUGGGACUGCUGGGCUCGGUCCACGGCUGCCCGAGUGUCUGCACCUGCUACGGCAACACCACUGACUGCUCCGCCGUCGGCCUCCUCUCUCUGAUGCCCAUCCUAGCACUGCUGGACCAGGACUCUCUGGUCCUCCGCCUACCCCAGAACAACCUCUCCUCCUUGGGCACGAGCGAGCUGUCCAACCUCAGCAGCCUGGAGCUCCUGGAUCUGUCCCGGAACCACUUCUCCGCCCUGCAGCCCGGAGCCUUCUCCGCGCUGGGCAGCCUGCGCUGGCUCAACCUCUCCGCCAACUACCUCGGGGUGCGCCCGGUGACCUCUGACCCCGACGACAGCACAGCGGCGCUGCAGGGCCCGAACGGAGUCCAAGGGGGCGACGGCCUGAGCAAGGACGCUUUCAGGGGGCUGUGGCGGCUGCGAGGGCUCGACUUGUCCUCCAACGGCCUCCUGUGGCUGCCCAGAGGCCUGCUGGAUGGGUUCCAGAGGCUCGCCUGGUUGUCCGUGGCCAGCAACCGGCUGGUGGCCCUGGACAGAGUCACCUUCGAGCCCCUGGUGGGGCUCCAGCAGCUCCAGCUGGCAGGAAACCCCUGGGAGUGCGACUGCAAGCUGAGAGACUUCAAGCACUGGAUGGAGUGGUUGAUUUACAGGGAGGGGCAGGUGGACGCCAUGCGGUGCAGCCUCCCGGGGGAUCUGAAGGGCCGCGACAUCCGCGGCGUGCCGGCAGAGAUGUUCAGCCACUGCCUGCGCAGUCCAGCCAGAGAGGGCGCGGCGGGUUACGGCACCCGGCCCCCGUGCCCGCCCGGCCGCAUCGGCAGCAACGACGACUGCGUCCGCCAGCGCUACCGGCCCGCCAGCGUCCGGCGGGCGCACGGCACGCAGAUAGUCGCGGGCGUGAUCUGCGGCACCGUGUGCGUCAUGAUGGUGGUGGCGGCCACGUACGGCUGCGUCUACGCCUCGCUGAUGGCGCGCUACCAGCGGGAGAUGAAGAGCCGCGGUCAGCCCCUGAUGGCCGAGUCCGGGUCCGACACCGACCCGGAGGACGGGCAGGCGUCGCCGGACUCGCCGCCGCCCAAAGAGGGCACGGUGCACGGGUAUCGGAUCAGCAGCUUCUGA